GAACCACAUGGCACCUCUUCACAAGAAUGGAAAGAUGGUCUUAAACAAGAUCGCUUCUGGGCGGGUCAUGGUGGGUCUCCAAGGUUCUGGCGAUGUGCCCUAACUUUUGCCGCCCAAAGGUUUAUGAUGGUCUAUAUUAUACUUAAUUGCAGUUUUUUGUUAAGUGUGUGUGUUUUUUCCCCCUAAGGUUCCAAACGCAUGCAUGUGUGCAGCAUUUUGAGCACACAUGGCCUUCCAAGCUUGCCUACCCAAACACUCCCGACGAGACUGGAGUAGUGGAGUAGUCCGAGGCGCUGGCCGGCUUUUCCCGACGUUUGGACGAAAAAUACCAAGAGGGGGGGUGCUAUAGAAGAGGCGCAAGAGAAGGGUUGUGUUUUUAACCCACAAAAUUCGUGUGUUCGAAGUCCGUGUCCUCCAAGAGUCCGAGUAGAGGGGAGACGGGACGGUUUUUCUUGUUUUUGUUCGACUUCGCCAUCUCAUUGUUAUUACUAUACUUUUUGUUGUUUAUUGUUUUACUUAUUUUUGUUAUUACUACUUACUUCACCGUAUGUCUACUAUUAUUAGACUUUGUUUACUGUUUUCUGACGGACUGGGGAUCCUCUUGGUGCCGUUGGGGGGCAUUAAAAUUGAGGUUUGUCCAGUGGACACCUGUGAAGCUGCAGCUAGCAUUUGUGAAGCUCUAAGACUUGCUGUACGACCUGCUGUUUUUGAGGUCAGUUGUCAGUGUCCUAAGAAAAGAAGCUGGUAAAGCAUCCUCCAGUCUUGAGUUUUUUGCGGUGAGUCCGUUGUUGGCAGUUUUUUUGGGUUUGUGUAUGUUCUUGUUGGGCCCAUUGUAGAUGUCAGUCACUUGCAUGCCACUUCUCCUUUGAUCCGCUUCCCCUCCAUCAGAUUCUGUCAGAGGCUGGAACAUGUGGCAUUUCAUCGCUUUGCUACCUGUUUACGAGUACAUGUGAGUCCUUCAGAACAAGCAGCUGUUGAAAUGUCCUCUAUAAAUCUAUAGACAGGGUCUGGGGCUUUCGGAGAACCCUAUGAAUAACAUAGCUAUAUACAUAUAUAUAUAUGAUAGAGCUCCAUCCAACUAUUAUUUCACUGUGACAUCUCUUACUCCUUGAGGGCGACUGUCAAGUGAUCUGAAGAUCUCAAGAGAUUUGUUCCUUUGAAGAUAUUUGAACAUCAAGGACCCAUGUUUGGAGGGAGUGAGAGUGUCCAGCUGAAGCCUAAUAUGAAGAACAUCUUGCACACUUUUGGGCUCCGGAAGUGAGGUGGAAGCCGUAGAAGCGCAGGAAAAAUCAUUUAUAGUGGAACGGAACAUAUGUUGAUAUAUUUUCAUAUAUUUUCUAUAUUGUUCUAUCAAUUUUCCCUGUCAUGGCCAUGGCAGCCACUUCCAUGUGAUGUGUUCAUCACUUCAUGUGUCAAUGGAUAGUAGACUUGCUCAUGAGGUGAACUCAGGACCCGCCCCGUUUGAUCGCUUCGCCGUUCCAAACCGUAGGGUUUUGACCACGCUUGGCGUGCUUGGUCGGCGGCCGCCGCUUCUCCGUCAGGUUCCCUUCGACGAUUCCGUUUACUACCAUCAGCGUGACCGACCAGCGACCAUGAGCUUCAAGGACUAUGUCGUUGGCACUGACCAGUGGAAUGGACCAGUGCAAGCUGGAAUGUACACCCAGAAUGACAGCAAGAUCUUAGGAACUUUGGUGAAGGAGAAGAAGGCCACCUGCGGCCCCAACGUGCCACAGCAGACGGAGUGCAGCUGCUUCCCCGGGAAUUCCGGUGAGGUGUGCCCCCACUACACGACGUCACUACAAGUUGAAGGCUGGAUGGGCGGUCUGGGCGAUCUGAAUCAUAGUCAUCCCUUCGUGCAACAAGAGUUGUUGAACUACGCGGUGGAUCUCGUGCAGGACUAUGGUGCUGACGCCCUCCGACUGGACACGGCCAUUUAUUUGGAUUUGCAGUUCGUGAAGGAAGUGCAGCAAGCCGUAGGAGUGGAGAUUCUUGGGGAAGCUACGGUGAAUAACCUCACCUACCAGGCCUACUUGAUGCGAGAUGAGAAGAACGAGAGGAUCUUGACUGGCUUGCUGAACUUCCCCCCGUUUUACCAAGUGCCGACUGCCUUCUGUGGCUUCAACAUGGGUGGCGAGUUUGGAGAUUGGAGCAUGCAGGGGACCUGGAGCGAUAAGGGCCCUGACAUGAGAGGCUUAGGACAAGUGAUGACCGAGCAACAAAACUCAAAGUUGUACGAAUCGCUGGAUUUGAUGGGAACCUUUGCCGACAAUCACGACGAGAAUGCUCGCAUCAACUACUACUGCAAGGCAGAUCAGGUGAGGAUCAAGAACACGUUGGUUUGGGUCCUCUUCUCCCAAGGAAUCCCGAUCAUUUACUAUGGCACGGAGCAGGGUCUCAAUGGGCAUCAACCCAAGGACAACACCAGUAUCGGCCAGGAUGAGAUGCGAGAAUCCAUUUGGCAAAGUCAUUACAACACGGAGACCUGGCAGUACAACUACAUCAAGACGCUGCUGUCGACGCGCAAGGUCAAUAGCAUCGGCGCAGGAUACUCCGAGGUGAAAAGCUUUGAUCAGCACCACUUAGUCUUCACCCGCUCCUGCGAUGGUGGCUUGCGAGAAGCCUGGGUCUUCCUGAACAACGCAGGUGAUGGACGACGGCAUAGCCGUAUUCGCUAUUGCCCAGGCCCUCUCCCUGGCAUCAAUGGUCAGGCGUGGUAUGAUGCCAUCUCCGGGAGGCGGAUGGACCAACACCUGUCUGAGGGCUGCUUCACUGCUCCAGAUGCUGAGCCCAAAGUGCUGGUCCUGCGCAUGGACGAGAUCAUAGUGAGUUAGGUUCGCAAGGCUGAGCAAGCCAGACCUCAGAACUGC